GGAAGUCAAACAUUUUCGGCUAGCUUGACCCAGACCUGCCUUGACCCUAAACAAGCUAACUGCUAACCAGAUUUAGAGUCUCGGUUUUGCAAACAUAUCCCGACUUUCACACAUUAUUAUUUAAAAAUCAUCUACCUGGAGCCUGAUAUUUCAUCAUUCUAAAUAUGGCAUCACUUGGGGAACCUGUACGACUGGAGAGAGACAUUUCAAGAGCUAUCGAACUUCUGGAUAAGCUCCAAAGGACCGGCGAAGUGCCGCCUCAGAAGCUUCAGGCACUGCAAAGGGUUUUACAGAGCGAGUUCUGUAAUGCUGUUAGAGAGGUGUAUGAGCAUGUGUAUGAAACGGUGGACAUCAACAGCAGUCCCGAAGUCAGGGCCAAUGCUACAGCCAAGGCUACUGUUGCAGCUUUUGCCGCAAGUGAAGGCCACUCCCAUCCCCGCGUGGUGGAGUUGCCAAAGACAGAGGAAGGCCUGGGGUUCAAUAUAAUGGGAGGGAAGGAGCAGAACUCUCCCAUUUACAUCUCCCGCAUCAUCCCAGGUGGUAUCGCUGACCGCCACGGUGGUCUGAAGAGGGGCGAUCAACUCCUGUCUGUGAAUGGCGUGAGUGUGGAGGGGGAGCACCACGAGAAGGCAGUUGAACUACUCAAGGCAGCGCAGGGAACGGUGAAGCUGGUGGUGAGGUACACCCCCAAGGUCCUAGAGGAAAUGGAGUCCCGCUUCGAGAAAAUGAGGUCGGCAAAGCGCCGGCAACAGAACAGCUAUGCCCAGUAGUGGUCCCCCCUAUGGUUCCAUGCCCAGACCCUCACGCGUAUUCUCUCUUCGGGCCAUCCCUAACCACACCCUGUCCUUGUCCCUUACCAGCAAAACAACACUGAACCCCAUGUCUAGUUUGUCAUCACAAAGUGUGCUACUACGCCUUUUCUGUAGCUUUUUAUGAAAAUAUAUAUUAUUCUACUAUUGUAAUCUUGCUGGACAAUGCAACUCAAGAACACUAGGCUGAUCAAGCAUUAUUUUUGUAAUUAUGUAAUUUGGAUCCACUACAAAAUCCCAAUAAUGUUUUUUAAGCUUUUUUUUUUUAGCAUAGCCAAAUUGUCUCAGGGCAACUGAUAUCUCCUAUUUACUGUGAUCAGUCUCAAUUUUACUUUUCCUAAUUGUUCAGUGUAAGCAAUAUCAUGACUUUAUUUAGACAAUGAUGAUGGUAAGAUCAAGUCACUUAAAAAUGUUAAUUAGUAGUUGUUAACGUGGAGAUGCACCUCCAAUUUUCCAUCCUCUUUGUGUUAUGCAAUUCUUAACAGUCCUUCAAAGACUUGUGAAGCUUAGCUUUUAUGUAAUUUGUUUAGUUGCUAUGUCGGUAUGGUUGAAAUUGGGACCAGAGCAUGGAUGCAAUAGCUUUUUGUCACCACACCAAUAGACAUAAUAUAUGUGGCAUGUUUCCUCACUAUUUAUUUUGGCCUGAAUUUACUUACUGAGAUUAACUUGGUACCAUGUCUCUUUUCUUUGGCUUGGGAAAUAGAAUGUGUAGUGAUUUACUUGUCAAGCACUUGUUGCAUUUUGUCACGACAGUUAGUAUUGUUGUUUUUUAACCCUGCUAAUUACUGCUUGUUCAUACCGCUUGCAUCAUUUAAAAGUGCAACGUUAAGAAGGAUAUUUGCACACGGUUUCACAAUUGUUCUUUUGCCACCUCUUAAAUUGGGCAUUCCUUCGUGGUGUAAUUGGCCCUGAAAAGGCAUGGCACAUCUAAAUAAUUAUUUGCGGUGUUGAGCUAGUUCUACAUCUUUUUAUUAUGGAAUAAUGAACAUUAUUAUUCAUAAUAUCACCAUCGAUAAAGUUUUUUAUACAUUACUAUCUAUAUAUGUACUGCAUUUGUAAAGGGACACUUAUAUAGACCUAUGGAUCUGAGACCAUCAGUGGAAACCUUGACGUCUAUCAAGGAUUCUACUAUUACAGAUAUUGGAUUUACUCAGAAUCUGAUGCAAUAAUUUCCAAUAAUUUGACAUUACUCAUCUUUAACAAGAUUGCAUAAUAACGGUACUUCCCAGCUCACUGUCAUGGCUAUUCUCCUCAAAGCGAAAACCUGCACCAUCAGUCAACGUAGCUCUUCAUAACAAUCAGAGCUUCUGAAAAUCCAGUCUUAAUUUGUGUUACCACAUGGUUUUAUUUUGUUUAUCAUGUUGUUAAGGUGUCGAGUUAAACAAAAUGUCCCUUUACUACUCAGUCUCAGGGUCAAUUAUUGACGGAGGGAUGAACAGGAUUUGCUGAAUUUUUACAUGUGAAUGUUUGACACCAAAUCCAAGAAGCUAUCAACUCCCUUGUUAUAAUGUCAUCAGUGUUAGUUAUUUGCCCCCUUGCUUUUCUUAAUUUAUCAGGCAUGUGUUGCAGGUUAUGCCAGAAUGGUUUCCGGCCCAUCAUGACUAAGGAAUUACUUAUACAGAUAAACGUUUUCUUUUUUAAGAAAUUAUCGUUUUUAAUUUGCUAGUCAUUAUAUGUAAAUCUGUUGUCAUUCAAAAAACAAUGACCAAGAUUUGGUCUGCAUGAAUUUUUGACUCCACUUUUUUGAUUAAUACUUCAGAUAUCUUAACUAAUUGGCUGCAACAUGUGUUUGUUUGAGAAUUGAAUUUCAUAUAAUGUCAUAGUACUAUAGGUAAUUGGGCAUUUAAGUAGAAUUGGUUAUAGCUUUAAUGGCACAAGUUGUGUAGCUAGUUUUAUUAUAUACCUGUUACUUUAAAAAUGUUAAAACUUGUAAUUAUUUGUGAAAUAUGGUCAUAACGCCCCAUGUUACGGAUCAGGCUUAACUUUUGCUAAAAAUGUCUUAUUUUCUUUUAGUAUUUUCUAUAACCAUUUUCUUUAGUAGCUGUUGAUUUACAGGUUUGCAUAUCAGAAGCCUCAAUGUUCAGAUUUUAUUGCUUCAUGAACUCUGACAAGGUUAACUGCCCUAAAUCAGCCAUUAACGUAAAAUAUCAUUAUAAUUGAACUUUUCCCCCCUUUCGAGUAUUAAGACCAAACAUUGGAAUUUACCAGUUUUGAUAAUAUGUGGAAUGUAAAACUCAUUUCUCACUCAUCUUGGCUGUAUUGGGUGCUUAAUUGAAGUUGUCCGAUAUGCUGUUACAUUAAACUGGAAUGUACUGUAUAAUAAUUUUGAGAUUGUAACUUGGAGAAGAAUUAGGUUGGAAAAUUCACAAAAUAAAAGACAAAAAUUACUAUGAA